UACUGGUAUACUGUGCUUGCAGCAGCUAGCUGAAGCGUCAGAGCGGCGCCUACGUGACUAUAUCGUUAAUAAUGGCGGCAGUGGCCUUGGCUUAUGUGGCCUAAGCACGAAUUCAAUUAACCACGAUUCCUCAAGCUUCUCCUCAACGGCCGCCAUGGGUAAUUCAUGCAAGGACUCUGGUGUGACCGCUGCCAUUUAUGCGAAUAUAUGCGACAUGUUGGAGCGAAAUAAUGUACAGGCGAAUGGUGUGGUAGUCGCUGAGAAUGGGAGAUGUAUGGUGACUGGAGAUGAUAUGUUGAAUGAUAUUGAGAUUGAUGUUAGCAGUUUAACAUGGUCAGAAGCCAUCGAGGAUACACUGACCGAAGUACUCGCAAGUAAACAUACAAAUAUAUCUUUCAAUCCAGGGACUGGAAAAAUUAUUGCUGCAGAUGUGGAAAUCUCGCCAGAGACUGCAAAUGAGGUUGAUGUACCUGUGAAAAUUCCUGAAAAGUGCACGGAGUGCGGGAAAGUUUUCAAAAACAUUAGUUAUCGAAGCGCGUAGGCGCUUACAUACCAACGAAAAACCAUAUCAAUGCAAGGUAUAUAGUUGUUUUUGUUACAUAAUUUCAAACUAAAAAAAGAUAAAUUUAGAAUAACAUCUUACUUCCCUUAUACUUGAGCGAAAAAAAAGAUGACAAAGUUCACGUUUUCCGUCGUAGCCCAGAAACACAUCAUCCCAACAAACAUUUAGGGUAGAGAACGAUUAGAAAACGACUCGAAUUCUAAUGUUUCUCUAAGGUAGAAGGUUAGAAGACGAUUUGAGAAAGUGUCGAGAAUUAUAGCAUUAUCUACAAGGGGACUUAAUUCUCAAUAUCGAGAAAGAAAUAAGAUAUCUAAUCGCUUUCUAACGUUCAAUUCUAAUUGGGUUCUAAUGUCUAAUAUUUUUUCAUCAUUCUCCAAUCGAAUUCUAACAUAGUUAUCUAACCUGAUUUUCAAUUCGAGAACUACAUUAAAAUGCUAAUGAAGAACCAAACUAUUUCUCCAACGUUGUGUGUGUUUCACUGGGAUAUGUAUAAUUAAAAAAAAAACGAGAUAAAAUUCACAAUAAAGUACUAUGUCAUCAUAUCACUGAGCCCAUAUUAGGCAGUGGAAAAUUAAUAAAUUUCGAAGUUUAAAAGUAGAUAUUCUGCGAGAAAAUAACAACUUCAUUAUAUGUAACUGAUAACUUAAGAUUAAAAUUAUUGCCCAAGCAAUAUUCAUAAAUACAUAUCUAAAAUCUAAUAGUAGUAAUAAAAAUCAGACAUUUGUUUGCAUCCGCUUAA